AACGACUUCAAUCUAAGAUGUGUCAUCUGACAGCAUAAUUGUGUCAAGAUUUGACCCUGUUAUUCUUAAUAAAUAUUAUCAAACUAAGUCUGAGGGCUCGCAGUAGCAUUCUAGCUCUGACUAGCUGAUAUUAUUACGUCUCUAAUUUUUAUAAUUUAACACCUAGUGCUAAAGUACGUCAUGUGCUGUAUUUAAAUAAAUUAAAUUGUUAAGUAGCACAAACGUGUUUAAGAUUCUUAUCAGUGCUGUGUUAAUAAGGAUUACGCAGUCUUCAUUUGAUCUUUGAUUGUUUAUCCUGUAGAAGUAUCUAGUUGUCUCUAACGCUAGUGUCGAUAACAUAAAUAAUGCCGCACGGGCGCACGUUGAGAAGUGUAGCUAUGAUUGGGGGGUGGCCGGCAGGGCGGCCAUGGGAGUACGGGGGGAGACCUUACCCAGAGCCGACAAGUGCUAGUCAGACAAACAUAAGUGUAGUUCCGUUAAGACAGCCGGUCGCAUAUAUUUCAUCAACUUCGUACCUCAGUACGAUGGCGAAAAUAAGUGAAAAAACACUUACAAUCGACAAUGUAUUUUCGAAUCUACGUCGAAUGGAGUAUGCUGUGCGUGGUCCACUUCUUUUACGUGCUCUUGAGAUAGAAAAAGAGCUGAAAAAGGGUGUAAAGAAGCCAUUUAAACAAGUAAUAAAAGCAAACAUUGGAGAUGCUCAUGCAAUGGGUCAAAGACCAAUUACAUUUUUGCGGCAGCUGUUGCUACUUACUGUAUCGCCAGAGCUAAUGAAUGAUCCUAGAUAUCCGGAAGAUGUCAAAAAACGUGCUCGUGAUAUUCUAGACGGAUGUAAAGGAGGCAGCGUGGGAUCAUAUUCAGAAUCUCCAGGAAUUGAAAUAAUUCGAAAACAUGUUGCAGAAUAUAUAGAAAGGCGUGAUGGUUUCCCGUCAAAUUAUGAGAAUAUUAUUCUAUCUAAUGGUGCUUCAGACGGAAUCAAAUCUUUCUUAAAAUUAUUCAACGAAUCAAUAAAUGGUUUGCCAUCUGGUGUUAUGAUUCCUAUUCCGCAGUAUCCAUUAUACUCAGCAGCGUUAGCAGAGUUUGGCUUAUCUCAAAUUGGAUAUUAUCUUGAUGAAGAUAAUAAGUGGGGAUUAGAUAUCGAAGAAUUAGAAAGAGCUUAUAAAGAAUCAAAAAAAACAUGCAACCCACGUGUUCUAGUUGUUAUAAAUCCGGGCAAUCCCACUGGCCAAGUUCUCACUCGAACUAACAUCGAAAAUAUCAUACGCUUCGCUCAUAAAAAUCGAUUGUUUAUUUUAGCUGACGAGGUAUAUCAAGACAAUGUGUACGAUCCUGAUAGCGCAUUUCACUCUUUCAAGAAAGUCAUGAUGGAGAUGGGAGAACCCUAUUCUAAAAUGGAACUUGCGUCAUUUAUGUCCAUAUCGAAAGGAUAUAUGGGAGAGUGCGGAAUUCGAUGUGGUUAUGGAGAAUAUUUUAACAUGGAUCCUGAAGUUAUGGCUGUAUUAUCAAAGUCGAUAUCAGCAAUGUUAUGUCCAACCGUACUAGGUCAAGUAGCUAUGGAUGUUGUAGUUAAUCCUCCGAAACCUGGUGAACCUUCUCACGAACAAUUCAUCAAAGAAAAGACUGCUGUUCUUCAAUCUUUAGCAGAAAGAUCUCGUUUAGUAGUUGACACUCUUAACAGCAUUCCAGGAUUCAAGAGUAAUCCAGCAAUGGGGGCCAUGUAUGUUUUUCCCCGCAUUGACCUUCCGCCUAAAGCAAUUGAAGCCGCAAAAGCUGCAGGGCAGGCACCUGACGUAUUUUAUGCAUUUAAACUUCUUGAAGCUACAGGCAUUUGCGUUAUUGCUGGUAGUGGUUUCGGUCAAAAGCCAGGCACUUAUCACAUUCGUACUACCAUUCUACCACAAAAAGAAAUGAUUAAAACUAUGUUAAAUAGUCUCAAAGAAUUUCAUCUGAAGUUUUUACAAGAGUAUAGUUAGUCAUUUUGAACUGUGAUUCAAGAUUAAUUUUUUAAUUUUCAAUUAAUGUCAUAUUAUUUUUUUAUAGAUGAACUAUAAAUAUCUUUUACCAAUUAUAACUAACUGAGUUUAUUUGUAAAUAAUUAUCACUAAAAAUUGCCUGUACUAUAUUAUCUUAAAAGAAAUUUCAACAAAUGUUUACAUUGUUAUUUAUUAUAUCAAAUAAAUUACAAUAAUGUUAGCUGUGAUAAUUCAUUAAAUAUUGUCUAU